GCCAGGCUGGGGAUCUCCUUGGUGACGUCACGGUGACGCGGCUCCCCCCGGUUUCCAUGCUGCACAGGUGACGGCGGCCGCCAUAUUGGCGGAGCCUGUGGCUGCGGGGACCGGGAACAGGCGAAUCGGGAGGGGGAUUUUUCACCUCUCCGCUCCCCCGUUAGGAGCUGGCGGGGGGUGCGUGGACCGAGCCGCCCGUGAGGGGGAUGCCUCAGCGGCUCAGUCAUCUGGAGGAUCCGGGGAUGAACAUGGAAGUGUACGGGACCGGCGGGAGUGAGGUAAAUGGUGUGAAGAUGAUUGAUGAGCCGAUGGAUGAAGGGGAGUCCUUACUUCCUUAUGAUGAAGGAAACAUCAAAGAGAUCCCCAUCACCCACCAUGUGAAGGAAGGAUGUGAGAAGGCCGACCCCGCGCAGUUCGAGCUGCUGAAGGUCCUGGGUCAGGGAUCUUUCGGAAAGGUAUUUCUUGUGAGGAAAAUUGUGGGGCCGGACGCCGGACAACUGUAUGCAAUGAAAGUGUUGAAAAAGGCGUCCCUGAAAGUCAGAGACAGGGUCCGUACAAAGAUGGAGCGCGACAUCCUGGUGGAAGUGAAUCAUCCGUUUAUUGUCAAGUUGCACUAUGCCUUUCAGACAGAAGGGAAAUUAUACCUGAUCCUGGAUUUUCUCAGGGGAGGUGACGUCUUCACGCGAUUAUCCAAAGAGGUUAUGUUUACAGAGGAAGAUGUGAAGUUCUACUUGGCAGAGCUGGCCCUGGCACUGGAUCACCUGCACAGCCUGGGAAUCGUCUACAGAGACCUAAAGCCAGAAAACAUUUUGCUUGAUGAAGCAGGACAUAUCAAGUUAACAGAUUUUGGGCUCAGCAAAGAAUCGGUGGACCAUGAAAAGAAGGCGUACUCCUUCUGUGGUACUGUGGAGUACAUGGCCCCCGAAGUGGUCAAUCGACGAGGCCACACGCAGAGCGCUGACUGGUGGUCCUUUGGUGUCCUUAUGUUUGAGAUGUUGACGGGGACGCUGCCCUUUCAAGGAAAAGAUCGGAACGAAACGAUGAACAUGAUACUGAAAUCAAAGCUCGGGAUGCCGCAGUUUUUAAGCCCCGAAGCUCAAAGUCUCCUCCGAAUGUUGUUCAAGCGGAAUCCUCUAAACCGAUUAGGGGCCGGCCUGGACCGGGUAGAAGAAAUCAAACGGCAUCCGUUUUUUGCUACCAUUGACUGGAAUAAGCUGUACAGACGUGAGAUUCAGCCUCCAUUUAAACCGGCAUCAGGGAAACCUGAAGAUACCUUCUGCUUCGACCCGGAAUUUACAGCGAAAACGCCAAAAGAUUCCCCGGGUGUCCCGCCCAGCGCCAACGCUCAUCAGCUCUUUAAAGGCUUCAGCUUUGUGGCGCCUUCUUCUAUCGAGGAGCAUAAAAUCUCUUCUGUUACGAACGUCCUUCCGAUUGUACAGCAAUUUCACGGAAGCCGCGCGCAAUUUACCGAUAUCUACGACCUAAAAGAGGACAUUGGUGUCGGGUCCUAUUCCAUCUGCAAACGGUGUAUUCAUAGGGCCACGAAUAUGGAGUACGCUGUCAAGAUUAUAGAUAAGAGUAAGCGAGAUCCAUCAGAAGAGAUUGAGAUUCUGAUGCGUUACGGACAACACCCAAAUAUCAUCACCCUGAAGGAUGUGUAUGAUGACGACGGCCGAUACGUUUACCUGGUGACGGAGCUGAUGAAGGGAGGAGAACUGCUCGAUCGCAUCCUCAGACAGAAAUACUUCUCGGAACGGGAGGCCGGCGCUGUCCUGUACACAAUCACCAAGACCGUGGACUAUCUGCACUGCCAAGGAGUGGUUCAUCGGGACUUGAAGCCCAGUAACAUUCUGUACAUGGACGAUUCCAGUAACGCCGACUCCAUCCGGAUAUGUGACUUCGGGUUUGCCAAGCAGCUGAGGGGAGAGAACGGCCUCCUCCUGACUCCAUGUUACACGGCCAACUUUGUAGCCCCUGAGGUCCUGAUGCGGCAGGGAUACGAUGCGGCCUGUGACAUCUGGAGUCUCGGUGUCCUCCUGUAUACGAUGCUUGCAGGGUACACGCCUUUCGCAAACGGCCCUAAUGACACUCCUGAAGAAAUCUUACUGAGGAUAGGAAGCGGGAACUUCUCACUGAGCGGAGGGAAUUGGGAUACGGUGUCAGAUGCUGCAAAAGACUUGUUGUCGCACAUGCUUCACGUGGAUCCCCAUCAGCGCUAUACGGCAGAGAAGGUGUUAAAGCAUUCCUGGAUCGCCUGCCGGGACCAGCUUCCCCACUACCAGCUCAACAGACAGGACGCACCUCACCUGGUCAAGGGAGCCAUGGCCGCCACAUUCUCUGCGCUCAAUCACAAGACCUUUCAGCCGGUCCUGGAGCCCGUCGCGGCCUCUAACCUCGCCCAGAGGCGGAGCAUGAAAAAGCGAACUUCAACGGACUUGUAGAGCUGAAUCCGAGGAGGGAAAAACGAGGAUCUCAAAUACUUGAAUAUUCUGUACAGGUCUCCGGGGGGGGGGGUUCAUACUGUGCUCCAUUAUUACUUCGUCUCGGUUCCUCAUCAGGGUACGACGCUCGGGCAGCACCGCAAAACCUCUUCACCUGCUGACUAUACAACUCCCGUUCAUCAAGAUGCUGUAAAUUCUGCGCCCGUGUUUUAGUCCCGGCCGUCUGCUCCCAGGACUGUGUAUGUAUGUAUGUAUAUAUAUAUAUAUAUAUAUAUAUAUAUAUAUAUAUAUAUAUAUAUAUAUAUAUAUAUAUAUAAUGAGAGCGAGUCGGGGUUCCCGAUCUGUCUGGUAUGUGUAGUGUCUGUCACCACUGAACCCCAUUAGAAUCAGGGGUGAGCGUAGUCGUUCAGCAGUGUUAAGGGGUUGAGUCAGCGACUGACUAACCCUGGUCUCCGCCAUUAUUGAGACGUUGAGUAUUUGUACCGUACAAUCCUCCGCUGCGUCCCCCUUCCCGCAUAGGGGGGGAGGAACUCGGGAGCCUACAUCUCACCGCAGACUAUAACUUAUUCUAUUCACUAUCACUGUGUACACCUUGUUGCUGUAGUCCUUAGGGCAGUGUCUCCCAACCAGGGUGCCUCCAGCU